CGGAAGCUGAUAUUCUCCUCCCACUCAUGUUUUUCCCCCGCUAUCUUCCACGCAAGGAUGACUGCAGCAUCAUCAGGCCUAUCGUCAUCUGCUAGGAGCAUCUGACUGAAAUUUUAAAGAUGAACGUUUUGAAAUUUAAGAUGACUGGAUGACAUCCCAGUCUCUUCGUCUUGGCUCGAUGGGAUCAGAGAUGUGCAGCUCCAUCGCGCAUUGACAUUUUUAUAGUUAAACCUGUGUAACUGAAGCGACAGCUGGGCAGCAAUAAGCUGGGUGGAGGGUAAGAUGAUCCAAGGCUCAAACAUUUUGGGCUACGAGAGGCCCCUGGUUAUAAGGAUUUCAUUUGCCACUUGCAUUGUGGUUACUGUUUGCCUGCCACUGUUAGGACUCAUCACUUGCGUCUCUAUAUCCUCUCUUUUUCACUUUGAAGAUGCUACUGGCACACAUUGCCAGGUUCCCAACUACCUACCAUCCAUCAGUGCCUCAAUCAGCCUCAGUCCUGAGUGCCACAUAUGGCGGUUCUGCAUCGGACUGCACUCUGCUCCGAGGCUUCUGGUGGCCUUUACCUACUUCAGGUUUUACAAGACCCGCUUUGCUGCCAGGUCCUCCGAGAGCACACUUAGCUGCUUGAACUUGGCCUUUUCAAUUUCUGAGAACCUGGGCCUGCUCCUCCUCACAUAUGUUUCAUCUAAUGAGACAUACUUUGUGCAUAAGGAAGGUUUUGUUCUCUUCAUCGUGAGUUCUCUUAUCUACAUGCUGAUAACCUGCCGAUUGUGGAGAUCUAUUAAGAAGUAUUCAUUAAGUCCUGGGGAUGCCAAGUCUCAUCACUGGAAGGUUCGCUUCUUACUUCUCAAUGUUUGCUUCUGUGCUUUUGCUGGAUUCUUUUACUGGAAACAUAACAUGUACUGUGAAUCAGGAAGUUACACCUUUUUUGCGCUGUUUGAGUACCUUGUUGUCUUCUCCAAUAUGGCCUUCCAUCUGACAGCAGUUUGGGAUUUCAAGAGUCGGGAGGUUGUGGUCAUUUCUUCCUUUGAGGAUAAAGACUUCUGACUAGAAACUAAAGAAGAACAUGACAAAUGUGCAGGCAUUAAAUCACCUGAUGAUGACAGCAGCGGUCCUGUUGAAGAGGACUGGGAUGGGCUUUUCCACAUAUUUUCAUGAGGACAGUUCUUAAGAGCAUUAAUGUAAGUCACGUGUAAACAGUCAGCCAGUCAUUUUCUAUUGCUUAUUCCAUAGUGGGUCACAUGGAAGCUGUUGCCUAUCUCAAGCAGUCUCUGGCAAGAGGUGGGGUACACCCUGGACAGGUCACCAGUCCAUUACAGGGCAACACACAAACAACCAUGCACACACUCAUAUAGUUAAGGGAAAUUUAGAGUGACCAAUUAACCUAAUGUCUUUGG